AUGGUAAUGUCUCAGCAAAUUAAGUCCACUCAGAAACGCAAUUUCCGGAGGACACAAGGUGCUCAAACGCGGAUUGAAAAAACGGUUGAAAAAGAGCCCGGAUCGGCCAGAAAACCUCCAGUUUUGGGCAUUUCAGGGACCGAUGAGAGCUCAGACGAUGAGGAUUUGUGUGUGGUGUGUGCCGAAAAGAUUGUGUAUGCUGCAAUAGCGCUUUGCAACCAUGUGGUGUGUCAUGUGUGUGCAUUCAGACAACGAGCUUUGUACGAGAAAAACUCGUGUUUGGUAUGUCGAACUGAGGCAGACGAUGUGAUCAUUUGCCAAGACAAAGAUGCGAACUACGGGUCGUUAAAGGAGGGGGGAAAGUUUGAGGAGGUCAACGAAAAAUACGCAUUAUUGUUCGUGGAAGAAAGUGCUGCCCGUAGUACUUUGAAUCUGCUCAAGUUCACAUGUCCGUUUGGCGACACAGACGUGGAUUUUGGCAGCUACAAAAAGUACAAUCAGCACUUGAAAGAUGAGCACGGCAAAACGCUGUGUAUGAUUUGUGCAUCCCACAAAAGGGCAUUUCCUCGAGAAUUGAAAGUCUACACGACGAACCAAUUGCGCGUUCAUCAGUCUAAGGGAGACUCCAAGGGGUUCACGGGCCAUCCAAUGUGCACUUUUUGCUCCGGACAGCGAUUUUACUCCGAGGAUGAGCUCAAUGUUCACAUGCGAGACAAACAUGAAAGGUGCCAUAUCUGUGAUCGCGUUGAUUCUUCAAAACCACAGUAUUUCAAAGACUACGAUCAGCUUUUCGAGCAUUUUAAAGCUGCACAUUAUGUGUGCACUGUUCAAUCCUGUUUAGAUAACAAGUUUGUCGUCUUCGAAGACGAUUUAGAUCUACAGGCCCACAUUUUGAAAGAACACGGCAGUAUUUUGGGAAGUGGCAGUAGCUCUGCAUUGACAAAUGGUGGUCGUCGUUAUCAGUCGCGACUUUCGACAUUUCAACAGCCCCCAAGGGAUUCGGGAUCUCAGCAGCGCUCAACUCGAAAGAAACCCACUAAUGAGGAUGAUUCCGAUUCACUUGUGUUGAAGAGCAAAAGAAUGCACGAAAGAGCAAGAAACUACCUCAAAUAUUCUCAUAGCGACUACGAACAAUUCCUCGCCAUCAAUGAGGGAUACAAGAAUGGGAUGAUUACAGCCGAAGACUUGUUCUCAGCUUAUCAAACACUUUUCCAGUCCGCAGAGGCAAAUACAACUCUACUCUUAUAUGACUUCUCUGAGCUGUUCUUCAAAAACUCCAAGAACUACAAGGACCUGCGCGCGGUGUAUGACAGAGAGCAAGAAAAACAAGACAGACGCACUAAUUUCCCUUCUUUGAGCUCGUCUAGUCCGAACUUACUUGCCAGAAAUGUGGUGAGCGGGAAAUGGGGGGCCACUGGUGGAUCGGCUAAACCAGCUGCUCGUCAAUAUAACUUUCCCUCGUUGAAGAAGCCUUCGGAACCGGCUUUCCCUGUCCUGAAACCUACACCUGUUUCUCAUAAAAAAAUCAACACUAUAUCGAGACCUAGUAGUGCAACUGGCACACCGAAACCUCCUUCAACAGCUGCCAGCGAUUAUAAACCGACCUAUCUGCAAGAUAAAAAAUCCACAUCCAGCUCCACAACGUCACUUGACCGAAAAAUGUUCCCACCGUUGCCAAAACCGCAGAAACCUACUUUCCGUGCGCCUCCAGUGAACAAACCAAACAUUGCAAAUCCGUCACAAUGGGGCAAAGUUCAUGAGGAUGCAUCCACCACACUACAAACGUUUGAUGCAGACGCAGCAUCAUCUUCGCAUGGCAAAAAGAAGGGCAAGCAAAAGCAGCUUCUAUUCCACAUUGGCAUUUAG